CACCUGUUAAAAAUAAUAUCUGAGAGGCUUGAAGGUUUCAGAAACGCCAAUUAAUUUUCGGAUUUUAAAAAGUGUUUGUUCAAAUCAAAUAUUAUCGAAGAAACCAGUGCCGGGCAUAUAUUCCGUUGUCAACAUUACACGUUGGCAAAGACCAUUGAUUGUUCUUAGAUUGCAUGACAGCGAGACAAUGAAAUUGCAGAAAAAUUGUUGUUAAUUCGGAGCACACACUUAACCUUAGCUUCAGUUUUUGUGGUUAAUCAGUUCACUCUUAUUGUGGAAAAAGAAAAAGAUUUUUGAGUUGUCUUUCAAACUGUGUAAUCCAAUUUGGAAAGUGUAGCCAUGGAACGAUCGGCGAAUUCGCGUUUUUCCACCAGAAGUUCACCGCGAAGUGCUCAUAAAUUCGAAGAAUCAGAUAGUGAAAAAAUGGAUGUUUGUGAUGGAAGCUCAAGCUUCAAUGGCAACACAACGUCGUCGGACAUUAACAAAACAAUACCGAAUGAUUCGGUAAUUUUAGUGCAUAGUGACGAUGAAGACUUUGCUGGAUUUGGUGAUUGUAAGAAUGAACAACAGUCAUUCAAGCCGCCAAAAAUUAAAGAAGAACCAACGUCCGACACAGAAGCUGCAGACCUUGGUGGAUUCAACGUUAAAUUGGAAGUGAAAACCGAAGUGAUCGACGAACCACAUCAAAACAAUUCAAGACAGGCAAUUCCACUUACGCCCGCCGCUCAGCAGAAACGAGUGCCGUGCGACAUAAACGAUGACAGAUUCAAGAUUCCAUUUAAGUUCGGCUGGAAACGGGAACUGGUCUAUCGAUCGCAAAUGGCAGACACUCGUACCAAAUCGGACAAAGCCGAAGUCUAUUACAUCACACCGGAAGGAAAGAAAUUACGUACAAAGAGUGAAAUUCAAUCGUGUUUAACAGACGGAUUGGAUUUGAAUAUGUUUACAUUCGCUAAAGAUCCGUUGGGCGUCGGUCAGGACUGUGAAAUUGUGCGCAGCGCUAAAUCGUACACACAACAGACUCAACGAAAGGUGCCCGUGCAAAAUUUCUUAGAUUUGGGAGAAGCAGAUCCUAGUCUGGGAUUCGGAAAACGAGUUCCGAAACCGAAAAUGCCCAAAGGUGCCAGUCCACCGCCCAGCAACCGGAAUGCCGCUCCAGCUGGAUCAAAUGCACGAAAGGCCAGUGAACCGCCAGCCGAUGUCGACAGUAAAAACGUGAAGACACCGAAAUCGUCGUCAAAAUUGAAAGGUGAACCUUGCAGCAUCCAAUGUGUUUUGGCAAUGGGUACAAUCCCAACGCUGCAAUGCAAGAAAUGUUUAUGCUUAUUCCAUCCGGAAUGCAUCGGACUACACAACUAUUCGUUGACGAUCAAUCAGUACAUUUGUGAGAAUUGCAUCUACGAAUCGAAACCCGAAACCACAUCAACUAUCGAUUCAACCCGCUAUUCCGACAAAAUCCAUUCGGACUCAAUCGCCCAGCCACUGAAACGGCCACUGCCAUCAUCCCAACCGAACGCGAAUUCCAUGGACAAAAUGAUGAAAAAACCGUCGGCCAAUCUGCAUUCCGAAUCGGCGAUGAAUCGAUCGAUUGACAGUAAAGAGAAUAAGAGUGUCAUCGACGGUCUGACCACUUGGGUACCACCAACGGCUAAUUUGAUAUCGAAUCGAUCCCAGCUGGACAUCAGCGUAACGCCGCCACAAUCGAUAGCCAUAAUAGCUGGCCGGAAGUACAUAAUGGUGCCGAAGACGAAUUUGAUGAGUGUGUCGCCGAAUGGCAAUGUUAAAAUUGGUGAUAACAAUGGGAUUCCAUUGGACUAUGUGGCUGAUGGAGAGAGAUCCAAUCAAAAUUCGUCGAAUGCAGCCCUAACAACCGGUGAAGAUGGUUCACCGCCUGCGAAAAAACGUAUGCUAUCCCGAAGCUCGUCCAAGGCCCAGACGCCGGUCAGUUCGCCAACACAUUCACCCGGUGCACAAUCGUCGGGCGGAGUCAAUUUUGGUAGCGAUGCCAGCAAAAUCAAACGGAAUAAUAUCAAUUCGGUUGAACCGUUGUCACAUACACUUCUUGCAUCUAAUUUUAUGAGCAACGCCGCCAUUGGCUAUAAAGUUUUACUGGACACCUUUCAGUAUCUCAAAGUUCAGGAACUGUUACGCGCAUCGUGUGUUUGCCGCUUAUGGAAUCAAGCAGCAUCGAACAGUAAGCUCUGGAGAACGGUACGCAUGAAAAACUCCCAGGUGAACGACUGGUCUGGAUUAGCGAACACACUGCAACGGAAUCAGACAAAACAUUUGGACCUUCGGAAAAUGCUGAUCGCUAGUGACACCGAACAGACGUGGCAGCAAUUUGCCAGUAAUAUCGGCAAAGUGGCUAACCUGGAAACCAUUGAUCUGUGUCGAUGUUCGGCCACCGUUGUUGUUGGUCUGUUCGAAUCGAAUCCCAGUUUGCGUGUUCUGAACGCCGUCGCAAUCAAAACCGACAGUUUGGAUCUGGACAAUUUGAGCCGAUUGAGUGAAUUGAGGGAAUUGCGUUUAAGGUCGCUGAACACAAUGACACUAAGUAAUGUUAAAUCACUGGAAGGUCUCGCACAACUAACUCAUUUAUCGUUAACGUCCGCAACCCUAUCAGAGACUGACAGCUUAAACGCUAUCGGUAAAUUGGUGAAUUUAGAGUCGUUAGAAUUGGGUGAAUGUCCAAAGCUAAGCGGAUCGUUUGCCGAAUCGUUGAAAUGUUUGCGGAAAUUGGAGAAACUGAGAUUGGAAAAGGGAACGGAUCACUGUUGUACCUUCGAUAUACUCGACGCACUGGCAACAUUACCGAAACUGACCCAACUGGAACUUGUAAACUUCGACAUCAAACCACACUUUGACGAUCACUUAAGCAAAUGCCGUACAAUCAAACGGCUGUUAAUUAUUCCCACAUACAUCUCACAGUCGGCCACCACCAACAAUGUAAUAUUGAGUGGCAUUUUGUGUUUGAAAGAGCAUCUGGAACAGUUGACAUGGGUGGUAACAUUGGAAUUGUUACGCGUCACCGAACUGUACGUGGAUCAGUGUGACGUAUCGCCAAGAGAUCGACGACAGGCUGAAGAUAAAAUUCCCGUACUGAAACCCGUUCCCGGUUUGUCCGAGGAAGAUCAGCAAAAUGAAUCGAAUUCCGAUGUUCCGCAAGUGGAGAUUUUGUCGUUGAGCAAAGUGGAGAAUAUUCUGUCGCAACAUUUACCGACACUUCGGUAUUCCAUAUUGAAGGUGCCGUAUUCGGCUACGUGGCGGCAAACUAUGUCGGAAAUGUAGUGGUUGGAGGACAUUUGAAAGAGGUGGAACGAGAAUGUUGUUGUAUAAUUUGUUUAGAUUUUUCAUUCGGAUGGGAUGAGUGCACGACCCAAUUGUUUUUUUUUGGCUUUGUUAAUGAAAAAGACAUAAAAAGCAACAAACUGAAAUGCAAAAGAGAAUUCCGUGUGUCACCAAUGUGACUAUAAGCUACUGUUCUGUUCGGGUGAAUCCAGUUGUUGUUUCGUUCAUUUAUACGGUUCAUCGCGUGGCUUGAACGGGGAACAAAUUUUUUUUUUAUGAACUCGGAAUCAGAUGUUAAUUGGGAACACGCAUCGCACUGUAAAUGUAAAACUUUUUUUAUGAAUUUAAAUUAAAAUUUACAUUAUUUUGUCAACGUAGAGCCAGUUCACAAUUACAUCGUAAAUUAAUUGAAAAAAUAAUAAACUUGUAAUUCCAACGAAAACA